CCGUAUCGCAACAAGGGUGCCAGAUCGACUCCAUUUUAUUUCCAUUUGUAUUUCUCUCGCGUUUGGAAAAUACAUUUUUAUAUCCCGUGAAUUCAUUUAAAACGGAGACUUUUAAAUGAAAAACUGUUAAUCAUAGUGGUGUAUUGACUGUUUAUUUGUGACCAAAAAAAGACUUUGAACUUUUCGUUCUUACGUAAUAUUUUGUUCUUCAAGAUCGAGCAUAACUUCUUAAGACGAAAGUGUGCAUGCGGCCGCUGGCGGCGAUGCGGCGCGCGCGCUAGGGCAUGCUCUGCGGCGCCGUGUGGUCGGCUGCGCCCGUGAGCCUGCGCGGGCUGGCGCCCCCUCUGCCGCCGCGCCCCGCCCUGCUGGCUGCGCUCGUCAUGCACGCACUGCAUGCCAGCGAUGAGGACAGUUUCAUAGAGAAUGGUCUACUCUCCUACGAGAACCCCAACUACCACUUGGACCCGGCGCGCCUCGAGUCCGCCAUCUACAGCGAGCUGUACGACAUGCACGACGACAAAAUGCCGCUAGACUACGACUACCUCGACAACAGGAGAGUGGAGGACGAAGCGUCUUCGCCUGUAAACAAAACAAAUGAAAAGAGCGGCCUGAUCACGCCGCCUCAACAGAAUGGCGGAGGAGAAUCUCCUCCACCAGAGAAGGAGAGGGCCGACCAGGAGGACUCGGAGAAGCGUCACUCCGGCUCGGUGCCUCACUGCGCGGAGGGGCCCAAUGAUGACCUCUACGCCAUCCCUGUCAAAUUGCGACCAAAGAAAGAGACACUGCCUCCUGGGUGGGAGAAACAUGAAGACAAUGACGGUCCAUACUACUGGCACAUAAAGAGCGGGACGAUCCAAAGAGAAAUACCAAAGAUGCCGCCCAUAGAAGCGAGAGAGUCACGCAUUUCCAUGGUGCGCGACUGCUCUAACCUGUCUGACGUCAAGUAUGAAGGUGCCAUGACGUCAUCAGUCACCAGAAGUACCACGAGCGGUGCUUUAGACCAUGUCGAUCAGGAUUGCGAGAGGAAACGGAGAGAGGAGGUCGCGUACAAACGCCGCAGCUACCCUGCCAGGCCGGAGUCCGAUGGGCGCGCCGUGCGGUUCUUCGUGCGCUCACUGGGCUGGGUGGAGAUCUCGGAGGCGGACCUUACGCCUGAGCGCUCCAGCCGCGCGGUCAACAAAUGCAUCGUGGACUUGAGCCUCGGCCGCAACGACUUGCUGGACCAAGUCGGACGCUGGGGUGAUGGCAAAGACCUGUUCAUGGACCUGGACGACGGCGCGCUCAAGCUCAUCGACCCGGAGAGCCUCAACACACUGCACACGCAGCCCAUACACACCAUCCGCGUCUGGGGCGUCGGCCGCGACAACGGACGGGACUUCGCAUACGUGGCGCGCGACCGCGUGACGCGCAAGCACAUGUGCCACGUGUUCCGCUGCGAGGCGCCCGCCCGCUCCAUCGCCAACGCGCUGCGCGACAUCUGCAAGCGCAUCAUGAUAGAGCGAUCCCUGCAACCUCCCCCGCGCCCCACCGACCUGCCCGCCGCCCGCCGGCCCAGGCCUUUGUCUGGAGCAUCAUUCCCCACGCCCAUGGAGGAGCCGCGGAAGACAGUGCGCGCGCGGUACCUGGGCAGUGCGGAGGUGCCGCGCGCGACCGGCAUGGACGUACUCAACGACGCGCUGGAGCGACUGGCCGCAGCGCGCGCGCCCUCCGCCUGGAGACCUGUCGCCGUGGCCGUCGCUCCCUCCAUGAUCACCAUCACGGAAGAAGGGGAGAGCAACCCGAUAGUGGAGUGCCGCGUGCGCUACCUGUCGUUCCUGGGCAUCGGGCGCGACGUGCGCCGCUGCGCGUUCAUCGUGCACACGCCGCAGGACCAGUACGUGGCGCACGCCUUCCACGCCGAGCCCUCCUCCGGCGCGCUGUGCAAGACCAUUGAAGCCGCUUGCAAGCUGCGCUACCAGAAGUGCCUGGACGCGCACGGCGGCGCGGCGGGCGGCUGCGGCGGCGGCGCGCUGGGCGGCGAGGCGGCGCGCGCGUCGCUGGGACAGGCGCUCAAGUCGUUCGUGGGCUCGCUGACGGGCCGGCGAGCCUCCUGAGCGACACCCGCAGCAAACUCCCAGCGGUCGUUAACGAGGAGCGCUUCCGCAUAACGCACCCGCGCCGCAUGCGCUCCGCAGCCGCACCGCACUAGUGCACCCGUGCCGCACCGCACCGUACCCGUGCCGCACUGCAUCCGUGCACCCGUGCCGCACCGCAUCCGUGCACCCGUGCCGCACCGCACCCGUGCAUCUACGCCGGCGCAACGCAUCCUCACCGCUGGGCACGCUUUCUGCUGCCUUAUAUCCUUACGAUUUCCAUAGUACAGGCGUGUAAUACAUAAUGAAUAACUUAUAUAUACGUAAUACCUAAAGAUGAGUGUCCACUGUGUUCGCGAAUCUGUAACUAAACAUGUCUGCAGCCUUCCAAUUAAUUAUUGCCUAAAGUAACAUUGAUUAACUAAAGCCAAAUUCGAUGUGGAACAUUAUCUACGACCAUGUUGAAAAUGAAGAUAGAAACGUCAUUUCAUACCUACACUACAUGACAUCCGAUUUCUACCUUCAUUUCUAAUUUCUUUGUUGGUAAACAGUACUCAUCACGAAAGGCUGUAGUAUAAUUUAUUUAAAAUUAUUAAUUGUAUUCUUUUUAUUAAAUUUCAGCCUAUUUCUAAUUGUUCUUAGCAUUUUGUCAUUAAUUUAGAAACAAUUAAAUUAAUUUUUAACCGACUUCCAAAAAGGAGGAGGUUCUACAUUCGGCUGUAUGUGUUUUUUAUUACGUAUGUCCAGCGAUAAUUCCGUCAUUUAUGGACCGAUUUUGAAAAUUCUUUUUUAAUUUAUUUAUUCCUAAAUUAAUGAUGGUGUAUCCGUGCCUUUUUAAUUUGUUUGUUGAUAAACAUUUCACGUCAAAUUUGACUUUACUAAAGCGAAACUUGAUCGUGGGAUGUCAGCUUUAGGAUAUUAAGAAUUAUUUUUAUUAUACUGAAGCCUUAGACCAUUAAUAACGGUCUAAGACUGAAGCUGAUUACUAUUAUGUAAUCAACUUAUUAUGUAAUAAGUUUAUAACAUAAUAGCACAAUUUAUUGAUUGAUAGUGAAUCUUUUGUUAAACCUACUUAGUAAUUUAACUAAUAAAUUAGUUGCGUUUUAUUUUACUACAGUUAUUUAUAGUUUCAGCAGAUUUGUCUAGCAUGGUUCGCGAACAUUUGUGAUAAUCAUAUUAUUUAGUCACUGCAGCCACUUCUCAUUUAAAAAUCAUUCAUUUAAUUUAUACCAUAGACAAUGUAGAUCUAGAAUAUAUGUUGAUUGCAGAUUCAUAAUCUGUUUACAGUAUGAAUGCCUACUUACAAACUACUAUCGUCAAAAACAAUACUUUUUAAAAAGUCUCUAUAGCACAAACAAAACAGUUUUGCAAGAAAGUGGAAGAUUAAAGUGACGGAAAUAAUUUACCCCACUUCCCGAGCAGUGUUGCCAUAUUUCUCACAGAUUACCCCAUUUUCAUGAUCACUUAUUUGUAAGCGUCAUACAUAUCUAUGUCAUCUAUUGUUAAAUAAUAAUUUAACACAAUAAUUAUUGUCCAUUUUAUAUUCUUCCUAAGAAAUCACUGCUUUUAUCACACAAUUAAGAUUUGUUCACAGUUAUACCUACCCGAUGGUGACCACGUGUUGUUUAGCUUACAAUUGUAAAUAGCCUGUACUUGCGUAUUAAUAAAUAAAAAUAUCAUAAUAAUACAUUAUUAUUAUUAUUCAUUAAAGUUUAAUAUGUUUUGAUAGACACUGUACGGAAUGUAUCUUAACUAUCAUAGUUAGAACAAGAAAUUACUUGGAAAAAACAUGUUUUAUUUAUAUUUGCUUUUAAUAAUCGAGGUUGAAGAUGAUACCUAAAAAAACUUUUGGCUUCGAUAAGAUAAUAUAAUAUCUUCACUUCGAUAUUUUAACAUUUUAUAUAGAAACAUACGCGGCUAUGUUAUUAACAUUUCGUACAAUUACUAUUAAAACAGAAUUAUCUUCACGUAUUGUUACGAGUGGGUACUAUAUCGCCGAAAGCAUUGGUGUUGUUCACAAUAUAAUGUAAUGAAUAAUGUAGUUAUAAACGUUGAUGGUCUCAUAAUUUUAUAGUUACCUUAAUACCUAGUCUUAGUUAAUAUUAACGUAUGGUUUUGUAAAUUUCAAGCUGAUAUUUUAUAAUGAUAUCUAGUUUAUAAAUCGCUGGUGUUUAAAAGUGUGGUGUUUAGUCAGGGACAAUGUAAUUUUCACUGUAUUAUUAAUACUAAACCAAUCAUAUAUUUGUAAUGCAUAGAAAAGUAAUCACUAAUGUAAAUAAUAUUCGGGCUGGGGUUGCCAUUCUUCGGGUUAAAAACUUUUGUUUUUGGUAAAAAAGUAAACAAAACAUUUAUAUGGCAACAUUAAGGUAUUGAAUAUUAUUGGUUAGGCCGCGUACAGACCGGCGUGAAGACCCACUAUGAAGUGGUUAAAAAAUCCGUUUUCAACAUUGCACCAUUGGUAACAAUUUAAGUGUUAGCAAAAGUUUAAAGGAGGACCUAGGUUAUAUUAAUAUACAUUUAAUCAUCAGCCAGUGUUAUAAAUAAAAAAAUGUUUAGAUUUUAUUAUUGUGCUGUUUUUGUCUGACGACCAGAUAUGUCAUAUUCCAGUAAAUACCUGCUAUAUUUAUUUAUCUUUCUACACUUUUACAGAAAGGCGCCGUUAUCAAGUAGAAACAUCUGCGCCUUUCUAUGAAAGAAUGAACAAGAAUUGACUUCCUAUUCGCUAACCUCUAUACCUUCCACCCCUGCAACGAUGGCAAAGAAUCAGAAUCAUUUUAUUCUCCCUUUAUUUCAUAUAAUAUUUACGAUUAUAUCGUCGGUUCUCCUUUAGACGAAACUUUACUUAAUGUAUCACUAAUCACAUGUCUCAUACAUCAUACAUUAUGGUCGGAAAUUGGUUUAUAGAUCAAUGUUAUAGUCAAAAAUAAAGGCUACUAUUACAUAUUAUAGAGAGUUGCAAUAUUUAACGCAUUAUAACUUAGUGUUUAAGGCUUAUAAAUAAGAUCAAAAAUUAGUAAGUAAUGAAACAAUAAAAUAAUUGUACCGAUGUUUUGAAGGCGGUUGUAAAUACAAUAAUAAUUGUAAACUUUGAUGGAUGGAAUUUGAUUAAUUUUAGUUUUAGUGACAUGGAAUGAUGGUGAUCUUCCAACAAGAAACAUAAAAACAAAGCAAAUAGUGUUUUUAUGUUUCUAGUUGUGAAUUUUGUGUCGAGCACGGUAUGAAGAAAUUGUGUCACUUAAGGGCAGCUACGAACUUAGCUACUGAGACGAUCUGCUAGAAAAUAUUAAUUAAAAACAGUCACGCCGGGUGUUUAAUCGAUAUCUCGGUAACCUUCUUUGAAAGAGAUACUUUUACAAAGAUCAUUGAAUUGACAUGUAUAUAAUUAAGAUAUGAUAUUCGUGUCUAAAAAGAUACAUUAAAUUUCAAUGGAUAUGGCAUUUCUCUUUUCAUGGUGAUUUUUGAUCAAAACAUUGGGGUUAAUAAUAUAAUUGUGGAUGGUGCAAGUUACAGAACAAGAUUAUACUCGUAGCUAAUUUUCUGGCCGCUCCUGCUGAUUUCUCGAAUUGAAUGGAAUAUCAAGUUGGAUAUAGAAUAGUUAUACAAAUAGAACUCUACGUGUAUAGAUAAAGAGUUUAUUUUUGCUUAAGCUUGUAUAAAAUACGUAUUGGAUUGCGAAAGAUGAAAGAUAUUUUUGGUAAUGACAUCGCAAUGAUUGAUCAUAAUAUAUUUACGAUGUGUAGCUUAUUCAAAUUAGUUAUUGGCAUGAAAAUGCCAUUAUACAAUACAAAACGACGUAAUUUUUAAAUAACUGUUCACAAAUUAAUGAAUAUUUAUUUGCCAAUUUGGCUAGAUCCAGAAAUAUUAUAUUUUUUAUCGCAUGCCUCAUAUGCAACAAGGGUGUUUGAAAUCGGUGAGCUUUCAAUAACUAUAUAUUUAUAUUUUAUAUCCUAAAAAUAUAUGCCAUAUGUAGAUACAAGCUAAAUACUUAAAAUUCAGAACGCCAUUUUGUACAUAGCCAAUACAAUAUGGCCUAUAAAAAUGACAGAUAGACAUGGCAUAAAAAUGUGUACUUCAUUUAAAAAUUAACCUAUAAAGCAGUUUUGUGUAAAUAGGGCGUUGGGACCCACGUAAAUGCGAAGUAACUUGAAAGCACUGAAGUUGAAACGUGUAAUUAUGUGUUUUUGUGUCUGUAACAGUUAAAAAUAGUAUCUAAAUGUAUGUAGUGAGGAUAUAUAUGACCUUGUGCUAAAUUUCUAAGCGCCUGACUUAGCAGUAGUGUUUUUUUAUUAAUAUGAAAUUUUAUUUCGCAUCAAGGUCAUAUUAUUGCCUCAAAGAUAGAGUAAGGCGUUUGUUAGAUAUCACAAAUUUGCUUGAAUAUAUACAUACUUCAAAUACCUAUUAGUGAUCAAUGUUGCUUGUCGUACUUCAUAAACAAUCAAUAUAAUUCAGUAACGUCGGUCGAAAAUUUGAAUAUUUUUAAUCAAACGCGGAAAUAUAUAACUUAGAAAGCAUGUUAGUGCUUUGUAAGUUAUACAUAUUCCAAUAAUUGUUUUCGUAUUUUAUUACAAAUAUGAUAGAUCGAUUAGGUACAAUAUUAUAAAAAGGGCCAUAUGCAGAGAUUACUGACCAGCGUUACUCAAUUAGAACUACAGUAAAUUAUACACUGAGUCGUUCUAUUAUACGUAAACAUAGUUUUAUUCACAUGUUAAUGUUAAGGUAUCCAUGUCAUUAUUUAUACAAGAUAUUCAUAUAUAUCGGGUGGUUCACGCGAGUAUAUGAUCAACUUUUAUAUCGCAAUUUGUAAAACUAAACAGUUUAAUAAUUUUUGCUUACAUAAUUAUAAAAAGAUAAUAUAUAAUCACAUAUUCACAUGCAUAAUAUUUUGUAGUAAAUCGUACUUAAUAUAAUAUUGAUGAAUGGACGAUUUUGUGUAAAACAAUAAAUACUUAUAUUAUCUUAUAUAUCUUAUAUUGUUGUUAAUAAUAAUAUUAUGUGUAAUACAUUUGAAAUGGUAAUAUUAAUAUUACUUUAGAUUAACAGGCAUCUUAUAUAACAGUAUUACACAGUUGUAACAUUUUAUAUAAUCUUUAGUCAUUAUGCAGUGUUGUUAUCAAAUUAAAUUUUAUUAAACGCGGCGUUUAGUUUACUCGCGUGCAACCACCCUUAGUUGCAAUAGGUCGAUUGCAAGCUUUUGACUGCCUGUUACCAGACGAAGUGUAUGUCAACAUUUUCUAUAAAAUAAUAAACUUUAUAAUGUAGUAAUUAGUUAGCUUCAAAAUUACAGUUCUAGCUCACGGAUGGAUCGUGUCGGUGGGAGUUGAAAUUUAAACCGUCAUCGCUUUGACAGCUUAAAAGCCUUAAGAUUGUGGCUUUUAAUAAAUAAUUUUGUGAAAUUAAUAAAAAAAAAUAUUAUAAACACA